AGCAGGAAGGAAACCGCUCCCGAGCGCGGCGGCGGCGUCGUCUCCAGGCCGUAGAGCUGCAGCCACCACCUCCCGUCCGCCUGUCGGCCCGUCGGUCCACCCGCAGCAUGAGCGGCCUGCGCGUCUACAGCACAUCGGUCACCGGCUCCCGCGAAAUCAAGUCCCAGCAGAGUGAGGUGACACGCAUCCUGGAUGGGAAGCGCAUCCAGUACCAGCUAGUGGACAUCUCCCAGGACAACGCCCUGCGGGAUGAGAUGCGAGCCUUGGCGGGCAACCCUAAGGCCACCCCACCCCAGAUUGUCAACGGGGACCAGUACUGUGGGGACUAUGAGCUCUUCGUGGAGGCUGUGGAACAAAACACGCUGCAGGAGUUUCUGAAACUGGCCUAAGUCAAGCUGGCCCACUGGACUCCAUCAACACAUUCCCCCCAGGCAUCGCCCACCCGGCCGUGAAAGACCUCGUGACCAACUAAAUCCCUGUUAUUCCUAACCUUCUGACCUGGAGCCCCUCCCCCAACCCAAGCCCCUUCUCCCCUGUCGCCCCCUCUCCCCAUUCAGAGGCCACAUUUCCUUACCCACUAGUCUCAGAAAUUGUCUUAAGCAACAGCCCAAGUGCUGGCUAUCCUCAGCCAGGCCCUGGGGCUGCCACCCUGCCUGACACUGGCUGAUGGGCACCUUUGUUGGUUCCAUUAGUCAGGGCUCUGCCAAAAGCCCCGCAAUCCCCAACCUGGGACCACCCUAGAGACAAUUAAAUGUCCCAUUCCAUUA